AUGUCUUCUUGCGCCUCUUUCUUCUUCUUCCUUUUCCAUUUUUUCUUCAUCUGCUGUAGCUUCAGAGCUUCUGCUCAGAUUCAGAACCCUAAGUUCUUAAAGUCAAGUUGUCCGAAUACGACAACGUAUUCAAGAAACAGCACUUACUACAACAAUCUCACAACCCUUUUGUAUUUCCUUUCUUCCCGCAAUGCUUCACACCCCACCGGAUUCCAAAACGCCACAUCGGGUCAAGGCCCAGACAGGGUCAAUGGACUUUUCGUUUGCAGAGGAGACGUCUCGCUGGAAGAUUGCCGUAACUGCGUCCCCUUUUCCGUCAAAGAAUCCUUAACGCGGUGUCCAAUUCAGAGAGAGGUCGUACUCUAUUACGAUAAGUGUAUGCUUAGAUACGCUAACCAGGAUAUAUUCUCGACCCUUCAGAUGGAAGAAGCACAAACAAUGUUCAGCAAUAUUAUUAUUCCAACUAACCAACAAGAGAGGUUCGGAGAAUUGGUUUUGUCCAUGAUGAACAACGCAGCCGCAGAAGCCGCGGCUAGUUCCAAAAAGUUUGGUGCGAGAGAAACCAACUAUGCUGCGUUUCAGAGUGUGUACGGACUUGUUCAGUGCACCCCUGAUCUGACGACUCAAGACUGUUCGCGUUGUUUGGAAACAUCCAUCAAUCAGUUACCCACUACCAAUACUGGGGCAAGAAUUCUUUUUCCGAGCUGUAACUCAAGAUACAAGUCUUACCCAUUUUUCAACAAAUCCGCCGCUAGCACAUUUUCAUUACCACUACCGCCACCGGUUUCUCCCGGACCUGAGUUUUCAAACGCAGGGAAAGAUAGGAGUUCGUCUGUGUUAGUGGUAGCCAUUGUUGUACCUGUUAUAGUGGUAGUUCUACUUUUCAUAGCUGGAUACUGUUUCCUUGCAAAGAGGGCAAAGAGACCUUACGAGACAGCACCCACAUUUAAUCAUGGGGAUGAUAUAACAACUAUAGACUCGCUGCAACUUGAUUAUAGAACAAUUCAAGCUGCAACAAAUUAUUUUUCAGAGGAUAAUAAGAUUGGUCAAGGUGGAUUUGGUGAGGUCUACAAGGGUAUAUUUUCGAAUGGGACUGAAGUUGCGGUGAAGAAACUAUCAAAAUCAUCAGAACAAGGUGACACAGAGUUCAAGAAUGAGGUUGUUGUUGUUGCAAAGCUUCAGCACAGAAAUCUGGUUAGGCUUCUCGGAUUUUCUCUAGAACAAGAAGAGAGGAUAUUGGUCUACGAGUAUGUUCGAAACAAAAGCCUUAAUUACUUCCUCUUUGACGCUGCAAAGCGAGGUCAGUUAGACUGGACUCGACGAUACAAUAUCAUUGGAGGAAUUGCUCGAGGGAUUCUGUACCUUCAUCAAGAUUCACGGCUCACAAUCAUACAUUGUGACCUAAAAGCGAGCAAUGUUCUCUUGGAUGAGAAUAUGAACCCAAAAAUUGCAGAUUUUGGAAUGGCUAGGAUCUUCGGACUCGACCAAACCCAGGAAAACACAAACAUAAUUGUUGGUACAUUCGGUUACAUGUCUCCCGAAUAUGCGAUGCGUGGCCAGUUCUCAAUGAAGUCUGAUGUUUAUAGCUUCGGAGUGUUAGUACUUGAGAUUAUAAGUGGUAGAAAGAAUAACAGCUUCCACGAGAUGGAUGAUUCACAUGACUUGGUCACAUAUGCUUGGAGGCUUUGGAAUUACGGAACAGCGUUAGAACUCGUGGAUCCAAUUAUCAUUGGAAAUUACAAGAAGAGUGAAGUGGUUCGAUGCAUCCAUAUCGGUCUUUUAUGUGUUCAAGAAGAUCCUGUAGACCGCCGUCCCGCCUUGUCAACCAUAUUAGUGAUGUUCACUAGUAAUUCUAUGACUUAA